AUGGAUUGCCUAGAAAUAAAAGAUCCUAUUAAACCUCGCGUUAUCUCCUGGGUCCCAUGCCCCGUACAAAAACUAGAAUCACCUCUCGAUACAUAUCGAAGGUUAUCCUACCUUCAACUGACGUCUGAUCCAUUACCACAAAGUACAAAAUCAGCCCCUUUUGAAAUCGAUCUGCAAUGCCUUCAUGUAUCGUCAGAAACAUGUGCCAAAGCCAAGAAGGCAUUUGAUCAGGCAGGAAGUCUUAUAUCUAGCGCCAUUUUCUUUCGUGAACCUGUGAGAGUCAAUGCAACAUUUCUUUCAUUCUGCGAGAGCGGGGGAGAAUGCGGAUCUUCCCCUGCAAGACUGAUCCCCUUACUAAAUGAAGACGGAAUGGUACGCCUUCAUCCUCAAUCACUAGUAAAACAGCUUGAUAUGCCAAUUAGUCCAGAAUAUUCUCACUCUGAUAUAUUAAGCGUGUUUAAUGCAGAUGCGCCUUUUUGGUUUGAGCACGAAUUUAUGCAUGGUUUGGGAUUCUAUUCUAACUGGAGCAAACAUAUUCCAUCUAUCGAUGCCCUUGUCCCUGAUCCCAGUCUUCUCUUGGCUGAUGAAACACUCGUCAUAAUUGAUCCUCAGAACAAUGCUGUUAUUGAGACAAAAUUCCUUGAGAAUGUUUUAGAUAAAUACAUGGUGAUUCUUAACCCAGAAAGUGAAUAUAAUCUAUUCCCAACAUCCGAUUUGACACGACAAUUCAAUAAAAUAGAAGUAAAUUCCACCGAAGGAUUGAUAGGAUCUCCGGAGUUUGGUCCGGCUUUUGACAUGAGUCGUCUGUCAGUUUUACCAGGAACAUUGGGUAUAGGAUUGGUUGGUCCUCAAGGAGUAUACGAUGACUUUGUCAUUUUAGAGACCAGCCUAGUACCUUUUCAACGUGGGUCCUCUAUUUCACACGUCGAUUACAACUCUUACACAGAUACACCUGACUUCUUGAUGCGUUAUAUGCAAGACCGUGGAGUUACUAUGACUGAUAUGGUUCUCAAAGGAGGAGGAGAUAGUCCACUUGGACCAAAAUUACUUCGAAUCAUGGAACAAAUCGGAUAUACGAUUAUUAAAACCAACGAAACAGAAUCAUCCGCUGCUGGAGAUUUUCGUCGCAUGGUGAAUUCUCUCCAGCAUAACGCUCAUGCUACCCAGUCAAGUACCACGGCCAAACCUUACUUGCAUUCUACCCCUCACUCGCAUUCUUCAACGGGCUCUCGAUUUGCUGAACCCACUUUUCUGAUGGUUAUAAUUGGUAGUUUGUGCCUGGGAAUACUGUUGUAUUUAGAAAAGCCAUUUUCGCUACUUUAA